GGGGCGGGCCCAGGGCGCCUGGAGUCUUGCGAGUUGGGAAGGGUUAGUGCCCCUCACCCCGACUUGAAUCCUCUUCCCGCCCCUUCGUCCCGCGCUGGCACACCAGGACCUUUUCCCUAAGUAGAACUGAGGAAUGCCCAGAGUGGGGGACCCGGCGAGCGCCCACGUGACAGAGAGCCCCCAGGACGUCCUGGGUUUGCAGGGACUAUGGGCAUGCUCAGGGCAGGGCUGUGCCCGGGCCUCACCGAGGAGACCGUCCAGCUUCUCAGAGGCCGAAAGAUAAAAACAGUGGCAGACCUGGCAGCUGCUGACUUGGAGGAAGUAGCCCAGAAGUGUGGCCUGUCCUACAAGGCCCUGGUUGCCCUGAGGAGGGUGUUGCUGGCGCAGUUCUCGGCUUUCCCCUUAAAUGGCGCAGAUCUCUACGAGGAACUGAAGACUUCCACGGCCAUCCUGUCCACCGGCAUCGGAAGCCUGGACAAACUACUUGAUGCUGGCCUCUAUACUGGGGAGGUGACUGAAAUUGUGGGUGGCCCAGGUAGCGGCAAAACCCAGGUGUGUCUCUGUGUGGCUGCAAAUGUGGCCCAUAACCUGCAGCAGAAUGUACUAUAUGUGGAUUCCAAUGGAGGGAUGACAGCGUCCCGCCUCCUCCAGCUACUACAGGCUAGAACCCAAGAUGAAGAGAAACAGGCAAGUGCUCUCCAGAGGAUACAGGUGGUGCGUUCAUUUGACAUCUUCCAGAUGCUAGAUAUGCUACAGGACCUUCGUGGCGCCAUAGCCCAGCAGGAAGCAACUUCUUCAGGCACCGUGAAGGUUGUGAUUGUGGACUCGGUCACUGCAGUGGUCGCCCCACUUCUGGGAGGUCAGCAGAGGGAAGGCCUGGCCUUGAUGAUGCAGCUGGCCCGAGAGCUCAAGAUCCUGGCCCGGGACCUGGGUGUGGCCGUGGUGGUGACCAACCACUUGACUCGAGAUUGGGAUGGUAGAAGAUUCAAACCUGCCCUUGGACGCUCCUGGAGCUUUGUGCCCAGUACCCGGAUUCUCCUGGAUGUCACUGAGGGGGCUGGAACACUAGGUAGCAGCCAACGCACAGUAUGUCUGACCAAGUCUCCCCGCCAGCCAACGGGUCUGCAGGAGAUGAUAGACAUUGGGACAUUGGGGACUGAGGAGCAGAGCCCAGAAUUACCUGGCAAGCAGACAUGACACUGUUGAUUGGGAAAGGGACAGCCUCAAGGCCCUCACAGCUUUCCUUCCCGGGCAGCUACUGUCCCCUGCCACAUGGGACCUAGCAGUGCAGAGAUCUCAGGCUCAUCAGAAGACAAGCCUCAGUCCCCUCAGCUUCAUUGUGUGACAUCUUGUGGAGCCCCUGGCCAGAGGAUGCUGCAGUGGGAGAGACCUAGAAGUCCAUCAGGGUCUCAAGUUUUCUUCCUUUGUGUCUACCGAAUGUUUCCAGUGUGGGUUGAGGUCAACCUAGCUUGAGGCCUCACUGAAGAAACACAGUAGUACCUGCAUAAAUAGUGUCCUGGUCCUGUGUGUUACCAUUGGCUCCAAACCCCUCCCUCACACAGUAAUUGGGCCUUUGCUCACCCAUCCUCCCCCACCCCCAUUUAUUUUGGUCUGUUUUCCCAUCUGCAAGAUGGCACUUUCUCAGUCUGCAAGUUAUUCAGUAGAAACAACCUCAGAAAUGUCAACCUCUUUAUGCAUAUCCUACUUUUUUAAUGUCCUACUCUUAAAUAUAUAUAACCAAGGAGGCCCUCUGAGCUCUAGAGCCACCUGAUUUCCCCUAAGAAGGUGGGGUUUUUUUAGUUUGUGCAGUGGGACUCCCAGAGAAUGAGAGUGCCUCCUUCCCUGCUUGCUGACUGGGUUUCACACACCUGCAUACCUCACCCUGAUAGGUGAGAACACAGCUCGCUGCUGUCCCAGGGAUAUAAUUUACCAGGGAGGAAGGCUAUGACCUGCUCUCAGUGAACCAGACACUUGUUUCAUAUGCAUGGUGACCUGUGGGGUGCUUCCUCAGUCUAGAGUAACCAGAGGUGCUGAACCAUAGCCUAACCCAUAAACAGACACAGGAGAAUUUGCACAGUAAAUAGAGCCAGCUGGGAAAAUUGAUGCCAGCGUAAAUAAUACAUGGCAAAUCUAGUCUUUUAUACAGAAAUUCAUUGCUGGUGGCUCUAAGAUGCAGUAUAAUUACACCUCUCGUCCUGCCAGCUGUACCACAGCCUCGUGUCUUAGUGAAUAAAAUAACCCCCUGUCUGUUACCAACACUGUGGCCAUCCAUCUGAGAGUCAUAACUCUGGCUGAAAGGGGAGGAUGGUACUAGGAACAGCAAAUAAAAGGCAGAAAGAAAUGA